AUGCCCGACCCGCCCAAACGCAUCAUCAUCGAGAAAUCCCGCACCGUCCGCCGGCGAUACCAGCGCAGCAACAAGCGGUUCCAGUUCACCGCGUCGCAGAUCGCGCAGAUCGAACGCGAGGAGGAGCGCGAGCGCCGGGCGCAGAGCCUGCGCGAGAAGGAAAAGAGACGCAUUGCCAAUAAGAAGAAAAAGGCGGAGAAGGAGGCCAAGGCCCGCGAGGAACGACGACGACUCGGUCUGCCCGAUCCGAAUGCCCCAACCGUACCCUCGAGUCAACCCCUGCUCUUCAACUUCCUGAAGAAAGACCCGCAGCCCGAUACACAGCCUGGCCGUUCAGGUGACGAGACCGAGACGCAUGCCGAGACGCCUGGGAGCGGAUCCAGCGAGGAGGACGAUUGUGAGGUAUCUGGUCUGGAUGACUACGCAUCGGAUGAUACCAUCGUUGCGGACUGGCCAGAGCCCAAGGCUGAUGCCGGUGUGUCUACGGUGACCGGUGGAGGGAAUGAGGGUGACAAACCGGAAGAAGAGAAGGAGAAGGCGCAAGAGAGAGACGACGAUGAGUUUUCCGAUUGUUCGAUUUUCUACGACGAAGACAUUAUCAAGGAGGCCGAAAAGAUGGCAACCGCGCUGGAUGUGGGUAGACAAGAACCUCAGACCAAGCUGUCAAACCCGGGCCCUACAAAACGAGCAUUCUUGAGAGCGGAGUCGUUCCGGGACGAAACUGCCGACUUGCUCGAGGCUUUUGCGCAUGAGAUUAUCGAUUGUCACGAUGGAUUGGGACGGGACCUGGUCCGAUGGAAUGCGGGCUGA